CUCACGCUGCGGGAGCCCCUGAUUGGUUGGUGCUCCCGGGAGAGGGCGUGACUUGCGAGGUGGCGUAGAAAUCGGCCAUAGUGGAGGCGGCGGCGGAGGCCGAAGCUCCGUAGUCGGCGGAGGGAGGGAGCGAGCAAGAGCCCGGCCAUGGCGUACGGCGGUCUCGCGGUGCCCAUCACCGUCAUGAGCGUGUUCUGGGCGGUGGUCGGCGGCGUCGUGCCGUGGUUUGUGCCCAAGGGGCCUAACCGGGGGUAAGUGCCCGGAGGCUUCGGGGACGGGGGACGUUCUCAGCAAGGGAGACCGGUGGCGGGCGGCCCUUUUCGAGGAGGCCUGGCUGCCCCAACCGGCCGCCCGUGGGAGCUUGAAGUGCUCUGGCUACACCUCCGUCUGCCUAACUAAAGCCGUUUUCCUGGCCUGGGAGGGGAGCAAACGCGGUUUUUUCACAGUUCGCAGUUUUACACGGCCUGUUGUUCCACGUUCUCGGAGGAUGCGGCGCAGUGAGCAACUGCCGUCGCGCAACCCCAGUUGCGGCCUUCCUCGCUUUCUCCCUUGUGCCUCCUCUUCCUGUUCCUUUUUGUUUUCUCUCCCACCUCCACCCCGCUUCCCGUAGCAGCGCCGGCCCUGCCAGCCUUUCUGGGAGCUUCUGUGGCACUUCGUGAGUGGCAGGUGUCAAUUCAGAAGUAGCUACACCUGCGAAGCGGCUGGAGUGCCCUUGGGAUUUCCCAGCGUCGAUCCCCUUUUGUUUUAGUACCCAUCCCGUGUUAAGUUAACCUGUUUCAAAUGAAGCAGCCCCCGAGUCAAAUGCACUGUUUUGCGUUAUCUCUUGAAACGGAAUAUUGUUUGGGAUAUUCUGGGAAUAGCUGCUUUGUAAAAGAGGGGUCAGAUGUCACAGUCAUUUUCACAACCAUGUCGCAGUCUUGUGACAAUUUAUCUUUUCCGUCUGCUGUGUGUAACUCUUUCCCCUAAUUCGAGGACUAUGAGGUGGAUAAGCUAGUUCCGUUUGUAAUUAAUCCAUUAACCAAACUGCUGAAUUCCUAACUGCAUUCUGGUUGUUCAUCCUGGAGGUUUUCUUUGUGAUUUGAAAUAAGAUUUUCCUAUUGAACCACAUUUUCCUCUCUGAUAACUUCCUCUUCCAGUGCAAUUGAGGAUUUUCUUUCUUUCUACAUUUCCAUUACUGGUGCUGAAUGUCCAGCUAGGAUUACCAGCAACAGUACUAGUUUAUUUCUUUGAAAUGUAUGAAUAGUUUUUCAGCAAAAACCUACAAAACAGUGAAUGAUAACAUAUGGGGCAGGGAGGCAGUUAGACCUAAGAGAGAGCGGCACAAUAACACCCAAUUAGCAGUAGGUGUCUUGACAUCUAAGUUGCAUUAUGAGUCGGGUUUAAGAAGUGGGCCUGAACAGUGUUUGUGUUUCUGGCAUAAGCCAUAAUUGAUGCUAAGAUUGAAAUUAGCUUCCAUAGCUAGAGAUUGUCAACGUUUUCCUUUCUAAACAGGAAAAAUCAAUUGUGUGGCCUGCAUUUCUGAAAACACUUUCCCACUCAAUGUUCCCGGCUUUACGACAUUUAUUGAGGCAGGGGGAUUUCCUCCCCACAUACUUAACAAGCUUGAAAUGAUUUUUUCACUGCAUUCUCUUUGUCUUGAAUUAGUGAUUCAACCAUAUAAUGAAAUGUGAGCAAAACUAAGUGCAGCUCAGCUCAGUGCUGCAUUAUAAUAAUAAUAAUAAUAAUUAUUAUUAUUAUUAUUAUUAUUAUUUAUACCCCGCCCAUCUGGCUGGGCCUCCCCAGCCACUCUGGGCGGCUUCCAUAGAAACCAAUACAGUAAAAUAUCACACGUUAAAAACUUCCCUGAACAGGGCUGCCUUAAGAUGUCUUCUGAAUGUCAGGUAGUUGUUUAUCGCUUUGACAUCUGCUGGAAGGGCGUUCCACAGGGUGGGCGCCACUACCGAGAAGGCCCUCUGCCUGGUUCCCUGUAGCUUUGCUUCUCGCAAUGAGGGAACCGCCAGAAGGCCCUCGGCGCUGGACCUCAGCGUCCGGGCAGAGCGAUGGGGAUGGAGACGCUCCUUCAGGUAUACUGAACCUUAUGCUUUUAAGGUGUUGGUUAGAUACACCAGAGUAAAAAGUGUUCCCUUUUAAUACAUAUCCCAUGUUCGCUACCUAGGCAAGAGGCCUAGGCAGUAGUAUCCAAGCACCCAACUUGUGAUAUCUAUUUUGAAUUUAUAUUUAUUCAUGCAAAGGUUUCAUCUCCUGUCCUGAUUUGAAGACCUACUUCUCUUAGUGGUCUAUAUUGUUUUUAGCAUUGGUACUAACAGCCUCUUACUUUGCAAACAGGGUGCUCUAAAUCCUUGGUGGGUCAGAAUCUAGCCCUGGUGGGUUGAGGACAGGACAACAGACUUGGGUGCAAAUAUUUUGACAGAUGGUGCUUUAGGAUUAUAUUUAUUAAAAUAUUUAUGGCCUGCCUUAUAUGCAUUGAUCUCAGGGCAUGAUACGCAAUGCAUUUAAAACAAUCAUUCAGUUAUAUAGGUUCAAAAUAUGUUGCUUAAAAUAGGAGAGAGGAAAAAAUUAAACCCAAGUUUCUUAUGGUGCUCAUUAAUCUUACAUGAUACUGAAUUUCACAACUGGGAUCAUGGAGUAAGCAGAACCUUGAGAAUUGAUUCUAAACAAUUAUAUGUGUUAUCUGAAACUACAGCUGUGGGGUAGCUUUAAUUUACUGCGAGUACUGUAAUGACCAAGAGACUUGAGUUGUGAACCUAGAAAUCACUAGUUCAGGUAUUACCUUGAACUUACUAGAUGGCACCUAGCAAUCUACCGUCUCUCAGUCCCCCCACUCCCCCAUCUUCAAUGUAGGGAGAGUCCUGACCUACCUGACAUGGUGGUUGUGAGGAUUCCUGAUAUGAAAAUAAUCUUGGUAUGUAUGAAGCACCUUAGAAUCUUCAAGUAUUAUUAUUGUUAUUGCAAUAGAUUUACAUUGAAUCAUCCUCUGUCUGCAUGUGUAAAAAACUGAGAAACUAUUCAGCUGUGUUUCUUUUCUUUUGUCCAAAGAAAGUCUAAAUAUUGCUUCCAUUUUGUCAACCAUUUCUUUCUUCCCCCUCUUUCUACAGUGUUAUUAACACAAUGUUGGUGACAUGUGCUGUCUGCUGCUACCUCUUGUAAGUAUCCAUUUUUCUCCUUUCAGUCCAGAUGUAGCCAAAUCUUUGAUAGCACAAAACUACAAUGCCUUUUUUAUUUUAGUAACCUGGCUGGGUGUCUGAUGUGAUUGGCUGAUUUGCAAAAAUAUGAACAUACUAUGUAGGAUAAAGAACUUUAUAUAGUUCUCUGAUGUAAAUCAAUUGUUAGUUCUUAACCAGGGUAUCAUAAAUGAUGGGAACAUUAAGUUUUCUAUAAUAGAGUUGACUGUACAUGAGUCUUUUGGGAUGCAGAAAUUGAAGUCCUAUCACCCUUCUGAUUUCUGUGCUGUUUAAUACUUAAUAGUUGUGCUUCCUCCUUUUCUAGAAAAUUUGUUUAAACCAUUUCUGCUUCCUGUAUUUCUGCUUUAAAAUGACUUUUCAGAAUAUUGCUAAAACAGUAAACCAUAACAAAAUUUUCAGCCUAGUUUUACCAGCUGACAGGCUCCUAGUUCAGCAAUGCAACUUAUCCACAUGGGAGUAAACUGAUCUUCUGUACUAACAGGAAGCUAGUCAGCUAGAAUACCAUUGUGUAGUGCUAGUUUAAUCUGAAGAAUUUGCCUCUGCUUUUGCUUACACAAAGUCUAGAUUGAUCAUCUUGCAGUGUUUACAGUCAGCAUGCUUCCAUCAAGAACUGCCUUGCUUUAGUAUAGGCCUGUUUGUGUUUGGUUUAGUGCUAGGGCAAGCAAGUUUUGUGCAAGUACAUCCUGCUUGUUUAUGGUUCAACAAACCCAAAGACUCAUGGAUGUGAAGCUGUGACCUGGCUAACUUAAAAAUGCAUCACACCAGGAUGUCUUUGUUUUUCCUUUGCUUUUAUUCAAAGCACAAAUAUAGAUGCAUGUAGGCAGUAAAAAGUUCUGACUACUUAAGGUUAGUCACUUACAGGCAUGGACGUUUUCUCUUUUUUGCUAAGCAGGUAGAUCAAAAAGCUAUUUUAUCCCAAAAUUCCUUGCUAUGAUUAAACAUCCUGUCAAAUACAUGACUUUGACAAUACUUUCUGCAUGGACAUCCAGCCAUAAAGAGUUCUAGAAAGCAGUUGUCGUGGUGGUAUGUUGUCUGGGAAAGAAGGAAGAAGGGGUUGUUACUAAACCAGGAAAAAGGUGGGUAAACACAUAGACCUGGUGUCAGCACCCAAUAUAGUGAAGCGUUUGCUGGGGCCUAAGCCAUCACAGCAAAGCUGUUGCUUUGCCCUCCCCCUCCUCAGCUCCUCCUACCACCUGGGCCUUAGGCAGCAGUGAUUCCACAGUGGAGAACCUCUCCUUCUGCUUGUUAACUUGUUGUGAGCUGGUGGCUUUGGCAGCAGCCAUGACACUAUAGUAGACUACAGUAGAGCUUGUAGAACUGUAGUAGAGCUUGCCUCCUGGCCUAUUACAGAGCUAUUGCCAUGGGAGUGAAUAGUAUUGCUCAUGGAGAGGAGCUGGUGGCUGCCCCUUAACCAUGUGCUCUCAAGGAAACUUGCCUGGCAGUGCCAGGUAAGCUGGCAGCUGCAGCACUUCUGCCACCUGGGGUCCCAAGUGACAGCACAUAAGCCUCCCUAAGGACCCCCCCCCCACCAGCCCAAAAAAGUGGAGCUAGGAUUCAGUACAUAGCAAAUACAGCAGUCAGAACUAGCUAUGGGGUACAACUGUGUAAGUGAUACUAAAAUUUCAGAAUACCUGACUCAGAUAGUAUCAUGAGACUACCAACAUCUUAACCCACAUGAGAGCUUCCUGUGUUGUUGGGAUCAAGGGCUGAGUGCUGACCUUGCAGUACAGAAGCUAUACAGUUCCUAGAUCCCUGGGAAGAGGGAAGAAUAAUAGUUAUUUAUACAUACAUACAUACCCCACCCAUCUGGCUGGGUUUCCCCAGCCACUCUGGUUGGCUUCCAACAGAAUAUUAAAAACAUGAUAAAACAUCAAACAUUAAAAACUUCCCUAAACAGGACUGCCUUCAGAUGUCUUCUAAAAGUCAGAUAGUUGUUUAUUUCCUUGACAUCUGAUGGGAGGGCAUUCCACAGGGCGGGUGCCACUGCCGAGAAGGUAGUGUUGUACCACUCUGAGGAAUGUAGCUCUGAGGUGACUAGAGGUCUCCUAACAGCUCCCUGCGCCCUUAAGAAACUAGUUUCCAAUACAGUGGUACCUCGGUUUACGGCCAGUCCAAUUUACGAAUUUUUCGGUUUACGAACUCUGCAAACCCGGAAAGAGUGUCCUGGUUUGCGAACUUUUCCUCUGUCUGUGACCGGAAUCCGAACGAUGGAAGGGCACCGGCAGCGGGAGGCCUCAUUGGGGAAAGUGCAAUUCGGUUUACGACCGGUUUCAGUUUACAACUGAACGGAUUAAGGUCGUAAACCAAGGUACCACUGUACAAUACUUUACAAGUGUGGGCGGGGCCUAAGUGUCAUGGUGCACAGGGCUUUUUGCAAUAUUCCCUUUGUGUAAAUAGGGUCAUCUUUACAAAAAACAAGAAAGAAUCCAGGUCUACAAAGCUACAAUAUAGUACCUGUAGCUCUGUGGAACUAGUUUUUUCUUUUCUUUUUAAAAACUGUUUAUAGGAUUAAGGUGAAAAGUAAGAGGUUUGAGGAAAAAACAAGAUGGGAUGGAGAUAAGGAGUCAAGGGAGGAACACUGAGAUCCUUUUGAGCGAACUCCUUUUUUAAAUCUUUUUCUUCCCCACCCAUCCAUGUGUUUUCUUUAUGAAUCUGAUACCAGCUAAAUCAAUACCACUAUGUAUGUGGUGGGAACAGCUUGGUGCUCAUAUAUAGCUUCAGGGUAAUUUUCCACAGUUGUAAAAACAUACGAGGGCUGCCCAUUGCACUUCCAUGGCUUGGUACAAAUUUAUCAUAGGCUUUGAUAAACAGUGUCCGCAUUCACAACACCAAGUGAGAAAAUAGCAUAUUGCAAUGUGGGACAUGAUUACAGCUGGACUUCCAUGGGAGUGGCUUUGGGCUUAGUUUGCAUUUUCACAGAGCCCCACUUAAGAGUAAGCACUGCUGCUUGCUGAGAGGUGACCAUGUUGCAUACACUUUCAAGGAAUAAAAAUCAAAACCACUAGAAUGCCUAUAUUGCGCAAAUCUAAUUGAAAAAACACAUAAACGUAAUAGGCUGUAUAAUAACAAUUGUAAAGUUAUUUAACUACUUCUCAAAAUUAGAUACAGCUUCUCAUAAUGUCAAAAUCAACAUCGUGACAUAACAUACUAAAAUGUAGCUUAUUCAGUUGACCACCGAGUCCACAGAGUUUUUUUACACUUUCAAGGAAACAAUGACUAGCUCUAUCUUCCUCCUCCUUGGAACCUAAGCUAGAUUAAAUGCUAUUAUAACCGCCUUCAAUAGCCACCAUGGGCUACAUAUGUGAAUGGCAGUACAACAAAUGGAUCUUGUCAUCUGACAUUCCAAACAUAACUUCUUCUUGUUUUUAAAAUAGUACUGCACUGCUCAAACAAACCCUGUAUCAGUCAUUAUAUGUUUUGAUUCAAUAAGAAGAAGAAGAAGAGUUUGGAUUUGAUAUCCCGCCUUUCACUCCCCUUCAGGAGUCUCAAAGCGGCUAACAUUCUCCUUUCCCUUCCUCCCCCACAACAAACACUCUGUGAGGUGAGUGGGGCUGAGAGACUUCAGAGAAGCGUGACUGGCCCAAGGUCACCCAGCAGCUGCAUGUGGAGGAGCGGAGACGCGAACCCGGUUCCCCAGAUUACGUGACUACCGCUCUUAACCACUACACCACACUGGCUCUCCAGUGUAAGGAGUGUAGGGCGAGGACAUAAAUGGGCCCUGGUCAACCGUUUUAAUUAUCUUCUGUAAAUCUAAAAAUUACAGCAUGCAAUGAUGCAGAAAGGUGUCUUCUCAAUAGAGUAGAAGGAAGGGAAGCUCCAUAUAUAAAGCUUCUGUUGAUAUCUAGGCUUCCUUUUGACUUGGGCCUCCCUUGUCCUUGUGAACAAUCAGAAUUGGUGAAGGUGACAUCAGUAUGGUGCAGAAUUCCUAAGUUGUAGAGCCAGAUAAGCUGGCCCUGCCUAACAGUGGAAGUUCAGCGGUUCUUCCUCUGCUUCCCAAGCAAGAGCAGUACAUCUUCUCCUUCACCUCUUUAGCUAUGUAUUUCAGCUCAGUUUCUGCACAUCUAUUCUGUAGGUUAACACCAAAUGCUAAUCCUUAUUUUCAAGGGAGAUUUAGAAUGCAAUUAUGUUAACUGAUUUUCUCCCCCAAAUAAUUAUGUGUGGCUACUAUUUCAUAAUAAAAUCUCCACUUCCCCCAUGAUUUAAAUAUUUCUACUAUUUUGGAACAGGUGGGAAGCGUGGCAUCCAAAAUCAAUGGUAAUUGUGAAUGGCAGUGCUUUUGGCAACACUGAGAUGUUACUAAUGUAGCAUAUGCAUUUUGCAUAUGUCUUCGUUGCUACUGUUGUAAUAGUUUUUUUCAUUACAUAUCCUUCAUAUGUAUUGAUGGGCAAAAUGUUUUAUGGCAGUCUUGGCAAAGAGCACAACUUUGUGGUUCUCUCAUUCGUCAGUUCUUGGGACCUCUUCCCAUCAAAGAUAAAACAAAGUCUGAAUCUGGGUGCUGAUCAUUAAGGCUGCCUUGUAAUUUCUGUCUUGAGUAAUUUUCUGGCAAGAUUGCUUUUGAAAAUGAAACGGCAUUCACUUUCUACCUGGUAGCACAGCUCUGGGUAGGUGAAUUCUGUAUUCAGAGUGCACUUGUACAGUGGUGCCUCGCAAGACGAAAUUAAUCCGUUCCGUGAGUCUCUUCGUCUUGCGGUUUUUUCGUCUUGCGAAGCACGGCUAUUAGCGGCUAUUAACGGCUUAGCGGCUUUAAGAAAAAGGAAACAAACUCACAAGAACUCGCAAGACGUUUCGUCUUGCGAAGCAAGCCCAUAGGGAAAUUCGUCUUGCGGAACGACUCAAAAAACGGAAAACCCUUUCAUCUAGCGAGUUUUUCGUCUUGCGAGGCAUUCGUCUUGCGGGGCACCACUGUAACUUGUUUGCUUUCAUCAUGUAUACAGUGGUACCUCGGGUUACAUACGCUUCAGGUUACAGACGCUUCAGGUUACAGACUCUGCUAACCCAGAAAUAGUACCUCGGGUUAAGAACUUUGCUUCAGGAUGAGAACAGAAAUCGUGCUCUGGCGGCACGGCAGCAACGGGAGGCCCCAUUAGCUAAAGUGGUGCUUCAGGUUAAGAACAGCUUCAUGUUAAGAACGGACCUCCGGAACAAAUUAAGUACUUAACCUGAGGUACCACUGUACUAGAAAUGGGAUGCAAAAUCUGUAUCCCCUUUGGAUGUGGUUGGACUACAACUCCCAUUGUCCCUGACAGCUUGUUGGGGCUGAUGAGAGCUGGAGUCCAGCAACAUCUGGAGAGCCAUAUGUUAACUACUCUGUACUAGAUAACGGUGAGGAUACCAUUGGAAAAUAUUGUAAUGGGCUUACCUGAAAUCUGCAGGAAUCAGUACUACUGUGGCCCGAAACUGCCCUAUGCUUGCUGCACAAAACAUCCCUUUUUGGAUUAGGCAUGACUAACUUGCAUGCUGGGGAGUGUCUUAACCUCCACCAGGAAAGAAGCUGUGGCUAAGGUUUGUGGGAGCUCCAUUAUUAAUCUGGAAACAGGAUAGAUUGCCUCUUGGUAACAUGAUAGAAUACAUAUAGUAGCUGUACAGAUUGCCCUGUUUUGUGUUUGUUUUCUGCUGUUAUAGUACCUUAUUUUUUGAUUUUCAAAAUUUGGGGCAAUUUGGGUUGUGUCGAACUAAGUCGUACUCAGAGUGGACUCAUUCAAAUUAAUGAACCUAAGUUAGUCAUGCCUAUUAACUUCAGUUGGUCCACUCUGCGUAAGACUAGCAUUGGAUACAACCCUUUGUAAUAACUUAUCAAAAAUAAAUCUGAUUAUCAUUUGAAAAGGCCAAAUAUCAGGCACCACAAGGAGAGUUUAUUUCAACCUAUGGCAUCCUGAUAAACCUAUAGGAGCAUAUGUGUUCUUUCUGUUUUCAAAAUGUCUACUUUCAGGGAACCCUUUUCACAUUGACAUGCCUGUCACAGAACCUUGUCUGUAACUGAGAAUACGUUCCAUACACCAUUGGAGCAGGAAACUAACUGGCUGUGCUUUCUGGUCUUUGCUGUUACCCCUUGAGAACUGAGCAUGUGCCAUAGAAUGCCUUCAUAACUGUUUGUGGGUGUACACUGUGGAGGAAGAUUGGUAACAGCAGAGAAGCUGCCUUUCAGAAAAUCUUCUGCCCUUUGUUGAUUGCUUCUGAAGAACCCCAUGGGUUCUCUGGGACACAGUGUGAAAAGUGCUGACCUAUAGCACGCUCUAAGCAGAGCAAACAGUAAGCAAACAAGCAAAGAUGUAUGCUGGUUAUAUAAAGAGAAAGAGACAGUGUAUAAUAUACACACUGCAACGUAACUAUUUGAUAUGGGUUAAGCUUCCUUCUGGUCACAAAUAUGUCAGUUGGGACUCCAAACAUGAGUAAUCAUAUCUGUAGAAUAAUGGGCGGAUAGCUCAGUUGGUUAGAGUGUGGUGCUCAUAAUGCCAAGGUUGCAGGUUCAAACCCUGUAUAGGACAGCUGCAGUAUUCCUGCAUUGCAGAGGGUUAGACUAGAUGGUACUCAGGAUCCCUUCCAACUCUACAAUUCUGUGAUUACAUGAUUUCAAGGGAAACUACUGGGAUCAAAGAGGAUGUCAUCCUAUAUCUGUAGCAAUCCAUGAUGAAAAUGCUAGAUUUUGCCAGGAGUCCUGUUAGUAAUCAGUGUUGAAAGUGUGCAUUCAUUUUGCUGUGGCUGUUUAAUCUGUAAAAUUAAGAGCAGUACUGAAAUUUGACCAAUGAACUCUGAAUAGGAUUAAUCCUGUAUUGCUUGUCUCUGUCUGCUAUGGCUUUUCCUUCCCUCUCCCAGCUGACCUGCGUUUCAUUCUCUGGUCGAAGCAUCCAGGUUUGUGUGGAAUUUUCCAUGACUGCCUAAGCACUCUGCAUCUGUAGCAGCUCACAUUACAAAGCCGCUUUGCUCUUCCUCCUCCUUCUAUAGCAUUCUAGAAUUAGCAGUUAGAUGUGCCUGUGUGUUCACAAAAUGUUUUGUGCACUGAACAUUUAGCUACACAGUAGCGUUGUACAAAUUAAAGAGAUUCUUAAGCCCUUUCUUAUUUGCCGUUGUUAACAUACCAAAUAUGUAACCCAGAAAUAAAUGUGUUGCAGUUUUCUAAGUGUUUUUCGUGCUACAAAAUGUAUUGUGUCCUACUGGGGCAUUGAGUCCUCCUGCUUCGCUAAUAUGGUCACUGCUCUGAGAAGUAUGCAUUUUGUUCUAUAGCCAUUGCUAGUAGCUUCACAAACUCUUAAAAGACAUUCUGUGUUAGGUUGUCAUAAAAGAUAUAUGGGUAGAAGACUUAAGCUUUUAUAAGUAUAACAUUGAUGCAAAAAUCCCCUGACGCUUGUCUCCUGCUCCUAAUGUAUGUCCACUAGCAAUGUCAAUGUCUAAACAAGACACACCAACCCUGUGAAACUACAAUUAGAGCAAGAGAAAUGAUGGGUCUGACAAAUAGGGCUGCCGAGUGACUGUAUUUUUAGGUUGCCCUUUAAUAUUGGAAGAAACCAGUCAGACCUGCAACAAAAUGUUACCCUUUGGAGUGUUCAUGUUCAGUCAGUCGUGCCCUUCUCCAUACUUAAUUCCAUUACUCCUCACAUCCAGUUUUCCAAUUGCCUCUUGUCAUUCAGCAUUCUGUGUUCAGCAUGCUCUGUUCUUAUUAGGUUGUUUUACCGGGUUGCAAACCUUCUGGUUUAUCCAGGCCUGCUCAUAUGCCCCUUUUAUGUGUGGAAGGUGCCUUUGGCUACAUAAACAGCACUCACCUCUGAACAUGAGAACUAGAGGGAACCAGUAGGUCCCGGCAUCAAAAUGUGGAGUGCUUGUUUAAGGUUCAAGUCUCUCCACUCCAUCCCGUCCCUCCGCCUGGCUUUCUGUCUUGUCUCCCCCAACAGUCAGUCAGCAUUCUUUGCCCACAAAGCUGUCCUCAUUGGACUGGUUUUUCUUCCUCGAGGUGUAGUGAACACUCUGGUGCACAGCCCCAGCUACAUAGAAAUCUUGGAUGUCUCCUUUGAUUUCUAUGAGUAGCUUUCUGUUCCAUCACUGGGAAAAUUUAAAAAAAUAACUUCUCAGAGUGAUCCUGGAAAUUGCCUAUCUAGACAAAGAGGUGGUUCUAUCCCUUUUAUGUUUUUAUAUUGCUGACUGUACACUACCACAAUAUUUUAUGAAGGGGUGGUAUAGAAAUAAUCUUCAGGGGUACCCCUAAUUUGCUGAUACCUCCCACUUAGUGUGGGUAGUGUGGUUCUGGUUGCAUAAGUGUGAGCACUACCAGACUUGAAAUCAUAAUUCGUAUGUAGAUCAGCCUUCCUCCAUUUGUUUUCUUUAUUACAGUUCUCAUCGUUCCUGACCAUUGGCCAUGCUGGCUGGGGCUGAUGGGAGUUGCAAAACAUAUGGAGGAGCCCUAGGUUGGGGGAGGCUGAUAGAAAUGAUGCUGAUACAUAUUGAACUUCCUGGGUGAUGGCAUGAGUUAGAACACUUUUUUAAACAGUGAAAAUGGAAGAGAAGCUGCCUAGUUAAAACAUGAGAAUUACUUGAAAUGAAGUAGGGCAAUACACUUUGAUUUAUGGGCAGUUGCUCAAACUUUUAUGGGUAUCUUAUUUUCAAAGUUUAAUUUUGGUAACAUUUUGUUUGGACACUAGUUUUAAGUAACUUGCCAUUCUAUCUCUUCCUUGGGUAUCCUGAUAAAUUUUAGUCAUUCUGUUAAUAGUCUGCUCUUGUCUUGCAGCUGGCUGAUUGCAAUCCUGGCUCAGCUGAACCCUCUCUUUGGACCGCAGUUAAAAAGUGAAGUAAUUACAUAUCUAAGGUACCACUGGCCUUAACCAAUGUGCUCUUCUACUGCAGUUUGUGGACUGGGUAAAUAUUGCCACUUUUAAAAUUAUUUAUUACAUUUACAUCCCACUUUUCCUCCAAGGAGUUCAAGUUGGUGGACAUGGUUCACCUCCUCCCAUUUUAUCUUCACAUGUUUACAUACCCAGUGGAAUUGGUACUUCAACUCCCAGCACAAUUUCCAUUCUUUCUCUAUUGCCAUUUUCUCUUUAAUGAAAACUUGGACUCCCGUGGUUUUGGCUCAUGCUGCAAGUUUUUUCUCCAUGCCAUAUUCCGUGUCUGUUGCAGAGCUACAAAAAUGCAAAUUCCAGUUUCUGUUUAUGGGUUUCUAGAAAGACAGCUGUGUUAGUCUCUUGCAGCAAAAGAAGGGAGAGGCUUAUAGCAUUUCAUUAUGGCAUAAAGUUUGGUGGAUUUCUGCAUCUGAUUAAGUGGACUGUGGUCCAUAAGAGCUUAUGCCUCAACAAAUAUGAUGGUCUUUAAGGUGGAGUAGCCAAUGUGGUGCCCUUCAGUUUUUGUUCAAAAAUAAAAGAAUUGUCUGCUUGCAUGGGAGUGAGAAGCAAUUGUUCCUAUGCAAGCAAACAAUGGCGCUGGCUCCCUUUUCUUCCUGCCUAUUGCUUUUCUAUUCCUGGAGUCAAAAAGGGCUUUUGCUUUAAGGGGCACUAAUAAAUUAUCCAGUGUUUAUUCUGUCUACUUAUUUAAUAUUGAACAAAAUAGCUGUGCCCCCAAACUUCCUGUAUGAGGUAUGUGUUGUAUAAGGGGGGGGGGGUAUACCAUUCUCUCUGCUUUAGUUCAGUGGUUGAACAUUGCUGUUGCAAUGUUGGCUAAGGCCUGACAGGGCUGUGGGUUGUUUUAGUAAGUCUUCGUCUCUCAAUGCACCAAGAAGUUUGCCAUGCGAACAAUUACAGCAGGAAGCAACUUCAGGAAUGUGGAUUCUGUAAUGGUGAAACUCAAUAGUUCAAAAGGGUUCUACCUGCUGUUUUAUCUUGCAGCUCUGAUUCACCUUAAUAACUAUAAUUUCCUCUGUUUGAAAAAGCUGAAUAGCAGAGGACAACUGGUGGCUGAUGUUAUGGUUUAAUUGUCUGCAGUUAAGCUUCCUUGAAACAAAGCUCUAGUGUUUUCAGAUCAGGGUUGUAAUGAAUUGGGAUAGUGACAGGCCGCAGUGAGCAUAGGGAGCCUGGUUUCCCUUUUUUUAGCAACUCAUACAAGUUGGCAGUAGUCUUGUAUUUUACAAAGAAAGGCCUCGUGCAACACAGCAGUGAACCUGGCUGUAUUUGCUUGUAAUAGUGCAGUGCAUCCUGCCAAGUAACAACUUGACUUGAAAAUUAAGUUGGUGGUAUAUCAAUAACUAAGGAAUUGGAAUUAACUUGGAGGUGGGGGCAAAAUUUAGCCUUGUUGCUCAAAGGUGAUAUUCUGGCACUAGGUACUUGGUUUCUGCUCUUAUUUUUUUCUGAUACUGCUAAUACCAGUGGACUCUAGCUGACAGUUUGUAUUGACUUAUUACUGCAUUUUGCACAAUUGGUUCAUGUUUUAGUGAGUAGAGUCUGGAAAGUAAGUCUUUCAAGAUCCAAAUGGAUCUUCAACUAUUAGUGUAAUAUUUUCUUUGCAGCAACUGUGAUGCUUAGUAUAAUAACACCUCCCUGCAAGAAUUUAACUAAUAGCUGAAUUAAAAAUGCCACUGAAAGAAACUAAACUGCUUUUUUGCUUUGCAGGAUAUGAAGAGAUUUUCUUUAUGUAAAGCCCUGUUGAUCCAGAUGCCUUCUAACGUACUUUGAAUCCGACCACGUCUGCUCAAUGCCUUACUGUCUGUUCUAUUACAAGAAAUGUUUGCCUAAUCUUGUUGUUUUUUCACCUAUGAAAGUGCCUAAUAGAUACCUAUAUUUCUACUCAGUACAAUGUUGUGCUUGAAUUUCUAGUAUUAUAAAUAAUAUUCCAUCCCUCUUCUCUGCACUGACAGUGGCUAGAUGGAAUUGAGAAUUGCCUCUGAGCAUUUAUUUGCCUUACCAAUUUUUAUACUAGACUGUCUACUGAUCCAGUUUUACAAGCACAGUCUGAAUGCUGUGUCUGAUAACUUUAAGAAAUAUGAUUGUGUCCUCAAAUCUGAAAUAAAAUUAUUUUCUUCUUAAUGUGGUCUUCUG